AUGUGGCAUUGUACUCUCAUCUCGGGCGAUGGCAGAGGGUUCAAAUUUAAGCGGAGCUGUGCCGGUACCUGCAUAAGCUAUGGUACCGAGACCUUCGAGCCAAUUCCGCCGUUUGCUGACAUGGGUUACCAAAGUCCCAAUCUUGGAGAAAAGUCGACUUUGAGUUGGAACCCGUCACAGCCUGAGACGGAACGCCUUGACAUGUGUCACGGGUUGAUGGUCAAGGCGAUUGGAUCGAAGCUUUAUCUAGCGCCUCUCGACAAGUCCAAAGUGCGCAAAAUUCUUGAUAUCGGGACUGGGACUGGCUUAUCGGCUGCUGAGAUUGGUGACAUUUUCACGGACGCGGAAGUCAUCGGUAACGACCUAAGCGCUAUACAGCCAAGCUGGGCCCCUCCCAAUGUUCGAUUUGAAGUCAACGACCAAAAGUACGAUUACAUCAUAUGCCGAUACAUGGCCGGCUCGAUCCUCGACUGGCCAAAGCUGGUGAAGGAACUCUAUGACCACCUCAACCCAGGAGGAUGGGCCGAGUUUCAGAAGAUGAUCUGCGAAUACUAUUCUGACGACGGUAGACACACCGCUAAGCACGCUAGUUGGGGCUGGAACAAGACCUUGGUGAGGACUCUGGAGAGCAUUGGCCGCGAUCCCAAUCCCACCCCAAAGGUGAAGGGCUGGGUGGUAGAUGCCGGCUUCCAAAGCCCCAAGGACCCUCACUACAAAGAGGUUGGUCUGCUCAACUUGGCGCAAAAACUGGAGGGUCUAGAGGCCUUCUCAAUGAAGCUGAUGUGUGGUGUUCUCGAGCGGACUAGAGAGGAAGCUCUAGCGCAAAUUCAAGAGGUUAGGAAAGAGUUGAAGUCGGGUGUUUUCCAUGCCUUAUCUGACCUUCGUGUAGUUUGCGGGCAGAAGCCCUCUGAUGAGGAGGAAGAGGCGUAGAUCACAGGCACUAUGCCAACCGCGCUGAAUCGCCACAACGUAAACCGACGAGCGCAUUUACCUAUCUGGCACUUGACAUACGGAAGAAUUGAACAUCUGUUGUUUUGCGAUUCGAUUCUUCCAACUUGCGAGUAAUAUACUCGCAUCGCGGAAAGAAUCAAUCCUGAUGUCGGGCAUAUUGGUGCAGGAGUUGUGGAUCUGUAGAAGGGUAUGAGCACCCGUGGGAACGCCUUGAAAAGCGCUUACAGCAGUCAGGGCAUGUUGCCAAGGACCAAGAAUGACCCAGAUAUCUUUCUCAAGGGGAACUUCAAGUCUCGAGGUCGUCUCCCUCGGCAUAG